AUGGACGCAACCUUGCUCUCGUCGCUGCAGGCGCGCAUCGCCGCAAUCUGCGCGGCCACCGACCUGCCCCGCCACCUCCCCGAGCUUGUCCACGUCUGCGAAGAGCUGGAGCUCCAGACCCUGAGCUCGGGCGUCGAGCCCAUGGCCGCGUCGCACUACGCGCAGUUCCUCGCGGCCCUGCUCGCCCUUCGGCGCCUAGACGAAGCCCGCCACCUGUGGAAGCGCUUGCCGCUAAAGGGUGCGGACGAGCUGCAGCAGAUUUGGGCCGUCGGACGAGCGCUGUGGGCGCGCGACAUUGUCCAGGCGCACGCGGCCGCUGCGGCCUUGGAGGCAAGUACGACGGACUCGGCAGUGGCGCCGGUGGUUGCGGUUCUCAAGCAGUCGAUCCAGCUCUCGACGGCGGCCUUGAUUGCGCAGGCGUACUCUGUGCUUUCCAUCGACAGCACCGCGCAAGCCCUCGGGCUCUCUCGCGACGCUACACUGGCCUUCUGCGCGCAACACGGAUGGCGUAUCGAGAACGACUGCGUGCUGCCCACGGCGCUCGCGAGCCCGUCUGGCGAGAACGCGAUCGAGCUCGGCCAGUUGCACCACCUCGCCGACUACAUCUUGCACCUGGAGCAGCGUUCGAUUAUGAAAGUCUAA